AUGGCUUUUGUCAAUAGAAUUGGCAAUGUUCUUAAACAGACAUUGACCAAGCAUGUUGGCUUGGAAUCAUCUGCUGCUUCAAACUCGAUGUUUUACCAGGCUAUAAGGAGCAUGUCCACAAAGCUCUUUGUUGGAGGUCUUUCUUAUGGCACGGAUGAGUCAAGUUUGUCGCAGGCUUUUUCUCAACAUGGUGAAGUUGUUGAAGCUAAAAUUAUUAUUGAUCGUGAUAGUGGAAGAUCGAGAGGUUUUGGGUUUGUUACUUUUGCAUCAAAUGAAGAUGCUGCCAAAGCAAUGCAGGCAUGGGAUGGUCAGGAUCUUCAUGGUCGACGGUUGAGGGUGAACUAUGCAACUGAGAAGCCUCGUGCUCCAAGGUUUGAUGGUAACUUUGGUGGUGGCGGGGGUGGGUAUGGUUAUCCAACUGGUCCAUAUGGAGGUGGUGGUGGAGGGGGUGGAUACGAUGGAGGAAACUUUACAAACAAUUACAACCCUGGUGGGAGUAACUACAACCCUGGUGGGAGCAACUUCGGAGGUGGUUUAGGUAACAGUGACUUUGGUGAUGGUGGAAAUCCAGGCGGUAGGUAUGCUAAUGUGGACAGUACCCCCAGCAGCUUCGGUGGUGGAAAUGUAGGGGGACCAUAUGAUCCUAGCACGGAGGUUGAUGACUUUGCUUCUGGGGGCAACGGUCAGUUUGAUGCAGGGAUUUCUGAUGAAGAAGACAAGGAUAAAAAUGAGGAACCCAGCGAUUAUGUCAACAGAAGCGGCUAA